AUGGAUCCACCGGUUAAGAACGAAGAUAGUGUCCCGUCUGUAUCUCACUCUCACUUCUCUAUCCCUCUUCCACAAUCUAGCUCGAAUCCUAAUCCAGACCCAAGUUUGAAUCCAUUUCCGAGUUCGAUCUCCAACCCAAGUUUUGAGCAGAUGGUCUCCUUCUCCGCGCCAAAGAAACGACGGAGAGGCAGGUCUCAGCGCUCAGCUUCUUCGUUUCACAUCCUUCCCGUCCCCAACGCCGGUGUCCUUCCCGGUAACAGUAAUUUCGUGCCAUCUUCUUCAGCCUCUUAUUCCGGUAGACUGAACCUACAGGCCAAUGGAUCAAACCAGAAUGUAAAAAAAUAUCCUGGGAUUGGUGAUGAGAUCAUAACGAUCAACAAGGAAGCUACCACUGAAGCUCUGCUAGCUCUCACAGCUGGGUUUCCUGCUGAUUUACUCACCGACGAGGAGAUUGAUUUUGGCGUGGUGCCUGUCAUCGGAGGAAUCGAACAAGUCAAUUACAUCUUGAUUAGAAACCACAUCAUAUCGAAAUGGCGAGAGAACGUAUCGAGCUGGGUCACAAAGGAGAUGUUUCUCGAUUCGAUUCCUAAACAUUGCGCUAGUCUCUUGGAUUCGGCUUAUCAUUACUUGGUUACACACGGAUACAUCAAUUUCGGUAUAUCACAGGCGAUCAAAGACAAGUUUCCAGCUCAGUCAAGCAAGCCUAGCGUGGUUAUAGUUGGUGCUGGAUUAUCCGGUUUGGCUGCAGCAAGGCAGCUGAUGAGGUUUGGGUUUAAAGUCACGGUUUUGGAAGGUAGGAAACGACCCGGUGGACGUGUUUACACGAAGAAGAUGGAAGGCAAUAGAGUAGGCGCUGCAGCGGAUUUAGGAGGAAGUGUUUUGACUGGAACGUUAGGGAAUCCUCUAGGGAUUAUAGCUAGGCAGCUAGGUUCUUCUCUUUAUAAGGUAAGAGAUAAGUGUCCUCUUUAUAAAGUGGAUGGUAAACCGGUUGAUCAAGACCUGGAUAUGAAGGUGGAGGCAGCUUUUAACCGGCUUCUUGACAAGGCAAGUAAGCUUCGGCAGUUGAUGGGUGAUGUUUCCAUGGAUGUAUCCCUUGGUGCAGCACUGGAGACAUUCAGGCAGGCUUUUGGGGACGCGGACGGUGUGGCCACUGAGGAGAUGGGUUUGUUUAACUGGCAUCUUGCUAACUUGGAAUAUGCAAAUGCGGGUUUGGUAUCAAAGCUCUCUCUUGCGUUCUGGGAUCAAGAUGAUCCGUACGAUAUGGGUGGAGAUCAUUGCUUUCUGCCUGGAGGUAAUGGGAGGCUGGUUCAUGCUUUGGCUGAAAAUGUACCGAUCUUGUAUGAGAAGACCGUUCAAACAAUCAGAUAUGGUGCAGAUGGUGUGAAGGUUACUGCUGGAAACCAAGUGUAUGAGGGUGAUAUGGUGCUUUGUACAGUUCCUCUUGGUGUGCUGAAGAACGGAUCCAUCAAAUUUGUGCCUGAAUUGCCACAGAGAAAGCUUGAUUGUAUAAAGAGAUUAGGUUUUGGGCUGUUAAAUAAAGUUGCAAUGCUGUUUCCGUAUGUGUUUUGGAGCACUGAUCUUGAUACCUUUGGACAUCUUACUGAGGAUCCGAACUAUCGAGGCGAAUUCUUUCUCUUCUAUAGCUACGCACCAGUCGCAGGUGGUCCUCUCUUGAUCGCGUUGGUUGCAGGAGAAGCUGCUCAUAAGUUUGAGACAAUGCCACCCACUGACGCUGUGACUCGUGUUCUUCAGAUUCUAAGGGGUAUGUAUGAGCCACAAGGAAUAACAGUCCCUGAUCCAAUUCAAACAGUCUGCACAAGAUGGGGUGGAGAUCCAUUCAGUUUAGGGUCUUACUCAAAUGUUGCAGUGGGAGCUUCAGGUGAUGAUUACGAUAUAUUAGCAGAAAGUGUCGGAGAUGGAAGGCUUUUCUUUGCCGGAGAAGCCACGACAAGGCGGUACCCUGCAACCAUGCAUGGAGCUUUUGUCACUGGUCUACGAGAAGCAGCAAACAUGGCUCAAUCUGCAAGGGCCAGAGUCAUAAGGAAGAGAAUCGAUAGGAACCCAUCAAAGAAUCCUCAUUCUUGUGCUACACUUCUUGCAGAUUUGUUCAGGGACCCUGAUAUGGACUUUGGGAGUUUUUCCAUAAUCUUUAGCCGGAGGAAUCCGGAUCCAAAGUCUCCUGCAAUAUUAAGGGUAACGCUAAGCGAGCCACGUAAGAGGAACGAAGAUCCAAAUCAGCACUCAAACAAGAUACUGUUUCAGCAGCUUCAGUCUCAUUUCAAUCAGCAGCAACAAAUUCAAGUGUAUACGUUAUUGACUAGACAACAGGCACUUGAACUGAGAGAAGUCAGAGGUGGUGAUGAUAAGAGACUUUACCAUCUAUGCGAGACACUUGGAGUGAAACUGGUUGGAAGAAAAGGUCUUGGUACUGGAGCUGAUUCCGUCAUCGCCUCCAUUAAAGCCGAACGAACCGGUCGCAAGCCACCAUCGUCCUCAUCUUCAGGCUCAAAAUCUGGUAUGUUAAAAGUGAAAUCCGGUGCAUUGAAGCGGAAGCUGAUCAGGAGGAUUAAAGGACCUGUGGCGCCGAGUCAAAGUAAUAAUCAUAACAAUGGCAUCUCAGAGACUAUAAAAUCAGAGUCUUUAGGUAAUGGCAAAGCCUCUGAGCAACCUACAAUAGUAGAGUCCAUAGGAAGCAGCAUGCAAGAGGAAAGCAAAUGGUUGGGCACUGGAGUUGCAUCGAGUUCCGUAGGUGGUUCCUUACAAGGAGAGAUGGAGACGAGAACAUAA